CUGAACCCCUGCAGUAUAAAAGUGAGUCGGCUAUCAGCGGCCUCCUCUGUGGAAUCCUGAACCGAGGAUCCUGGAACAUGAAGCUGAUCGCCAAAACUCUGGUCGUCUGCAUCUGGGUGAGCCUUGCCAACUGCGCCCCAGCGCCUGCAGAGGACAACCCAGAUGAAGCUACAGCUCAGCUGGACAGGUGCGAGGGACUUGCUUUUGACGCCAUCACACCUGAUGAAAAAGGAAACUACUUCUUCUUCCAAGGCACUCACCUCUGGAAGGGGUUCGAUGGUCCAGCACACAGGUCAAGUGACUUCUUUCACGAUCUUGGCAGCAUCCACGUCGAUGCCGCCUUCCGCAUGCACAACAAAGAUGACCCCAAAUCCCACGAUCACAUCUUCUUCUUCCAGGGUGACAAGGUGUUAAGCUACUACAACCACACUUUAGAGGAGGGCUACCCCAAAGAACUUCAAGAAGAUUUCCCUGGUAUCCCGAGUCAUGUGGACGCAGUGGUGGAGUGUCCUUCAGGAGAGUGCAAAACUGACUCUGUUCUCUUCUUUAAGGAAAACCAGGUGCACAUUUACGAUAUCACCACAAAGGCUGUGAAGACCAAGACAUGGUCUCACCUGCCCCGCUGCACGUCUGCUCUGCGUUGGUUGGAACACUACUACUGUUUCCACGGGCACAACUUCACCAGGUUCCAUCCUGUCACCGGCGAUGUGACCGGCGCCUACCCAAAGGACGCCCGCCGCUACUUUAUGAAAUGUCCGGAUUUCAGUCAUGGAGAAGGUUACUCGACCCCUAAGUGCAGUGAGGUGAAACUGGAUGCCAUCACCACGGAUGAUUCAGGAAAAUCAUAUUUCUUUGCAGGCUCCAUCUACAUGCGCCUGGACAGCCGCCGUGACGGCCUCCAUGCCUUCCCCAUCAGAAGAACGUGGAGCGAAGUGCCCAGUGUGGACGCAGUGUUCUUUUAUGGUGACAAAAUGUACUUCAUCAAGGGUAAUCAGACCUACAUCUACAAGGGAGGCGCCCACUACACCCUGAUGGAAGGGUACCCUAAAUCCCUCGCUGAGGAGCUUGGUGUUGAGGUUGACGUCGACGCUGCUUUCCUCUGCCCCAACAAGCACACGGUUCACAUCAUCCAAGGCGACCGGGUGCGAGCUGUUGACUUGACCGCCACCCCGAGGGUGGUGACGCAGGAGCAUACUCUGCCACUGAAGGACAUCGACGCUGCUCUUUGUGGCCCAAAUGGAAUUCAUCUGUUCAAGGGAUCUGAUUAUUACAAGUAUGAGAGUGAACUCUCUUUGGUCACAAGCAGUACAGCUCCAGUGCCCCUAAAAAUCACUUCAGCCGUCAUGGGCUGUCAGGAUUGAAGGGGAAAACAGCAGGAAGUGUGGCCAUGACAUCAUGUUGAGUAUAAUGAUGCGAAUAAAAAACGCUUCCAAAAGAA